AUGCCUACGGGCUCUAGGAGUUACUACAACGUAGGCAGUAUUCAGUACCUAGGCGGCUCUAUCAUGCCCCGAAAGUCCCACCCGGAUGACUUAUUCGACUGGGAUUUGUUUGUGAACGAAGAAGAACCGGAAGUCGAGGGAGAUUUCGCUGGGGUAACGAAAGGCCACCUACGCCGUGUCCAAUCCAACUUUGAACGGUCAGAGCUCCUUAGCUUUGAGACAUAA